UUUAGUAGCCAUGGCAGCUAACAAACUUUAUACCAUUUAUUUUUCUUGUUUUCCCUCUUUUCUAUAUUGACAAUGAAGAUUGUUCUAAGGAUAGUUAUGGAAACGGAAAAAAAGUCACAUAUGAUUAUUGAUCUUUAAAACCUAAUGUAUACUCACCCCUCUCUCCCCGACGACGGGAGCUUCCAGCAUCUCCCUUCCCUCCUUGGCAACAAGGGACAGUCACCCUCCCUCCCUCCUCAUCCAUCUUUCUCUCUUUCCCUACCUCUCACAUCCCUCCUCCCCUCCCCCAUCCAUCCAUCCAUCCAUCCAUCUCUCACACACUCUCUCUCUCUCCAUCUUUCACACACACCAGCCGAUUUGCAGCGUCGAGGAUGAGUCAGUGAAGGAUUCCACCGCUUUGCCAGUUCCUCUCCCUUCAUAACGAUGCUAGAUUUCAGAUCUAGUUUUUCGUAUUGGUAUGUUUUUCGUAUUGGUAUUGUUUAUUUCAUAUUGGUAGUAUUUUCUGCAUUGAUAUUGGUUUUUUCGCAUUGGUAUUGAUUAUGAUGCAAUGGUAUUGCAGUUUUGGUAUUAUGUUGUCGUAUUGGUAUUGAUUCUCAUGUAUUGCUAUUGGUUAAAUGUGCAAUGAUAUUGGUUAAUAAGUGGUAAAUGUUGUGCUAAUGAUAGUGUUUUUAUAUUUUGGUAGUAUUUGUCUUAAUGAAUUGUGGCCUUCUUGUUUUUAUUAUUGCAGCAGUUUUAGUUUGGUUGAAAAAUAUGUGAUUAUGGUUGGGGAAAAGAAAAAUAACAAGCGGAUUUGUAAGUUUGAAUCCUUAUACUGGAACCUACUCGUGUUUUGAGCUCAUUUUCUUGGUAGUAGUUCAGGAAUGAAAGCGGCUGGUAUAAUAUUGCAUUCCAAGGUAACAGAAAGUGUUCAAGACAAGAUAAGGCAAGAAAAAGAAGCAAAAAGAGUAUUCACACGAAAGGAUUCAGAUGUUGUAGUUCAAAUUGUAUUUCGAGCAAGCAUGAUUGGUGUCACAAAAAAUGAUUAUUGAUAUAUUUUAUUUGGUAUCAAGGCAUGACACUGAUGUCUUAGUUAAAAGAUUCUUCUAUGGUUGUAUGAUUCCUUUUAAUGUGGCUAGGUCUCCAUUUUUCUAUGAAAUUGUGAGAAAUAAAUGAAGGACCGAAAGGUUAUAAGCAUCCAAGUGCUGAAAAGAUAAGAAUCAACUUGUUUGAUAAAGAGAAGUCUAAAGUGGAUCAUGCUUUAACGGGAAUUCGAGAUCAAUGGUCUUUGUUUGGUGUUUCAAUUGUAUCUGAUGGUUGGAGUAAUGUGAAGAAUAAACCUUCGAUACAUGUUUUGGCUAUUUCAGGGGGUAGAGUUGUAUUUCUUGAAGGCAUUGAUUGUUCUGGUGAUGAAAAAACAGGACUUUGCAUUGCUGGAAUUUUGCUGAAAGCUAUCUAGCAAGUUGGAAUCUAUAAUGUUGUACAAGUGCUCACAAAUAACACUUCAGCUUGCAAGUGUGCAGGGGAAAUCAUCAUGCAUAGACAUUCUCAUAUUUUAUGUUCAGAUUGUUUAGCUUGCACCUUAAGUAUUUUGAUGAAAGAUGUUUCUUCUUCUCAUUAUCCUUCUUUAAGGUUUGUGGGGUUUUUUAUAAGUAAAUCAAAGGGUUAGUGACGUACAUAAGAAACUAUAGCAUGAUGCUACAUAUUUUCAGAAAGUUUUCAGCUCUAGAGGUGAUUCAAGUUAAGAAGACAAGAUUCAGACAUCAAUAUGUUGUGUUAGAAUGGUUAGCCAAGCUGAAAAAUCACUUGAUUGCAAUGGUAUUAAGUGAUGAGUGGGAAGCAUGGUGCAACCUCUUCAAAUUUAAGUAACGAAGAAGUGAAUAUGGCUAUUUUAGAUGGUGACUUUUGGGAGAAGCUGAAAUUUGUUUUUAGUUUCACAAGGCCCAUUUGGAAAAUGAUUCUCUUUUGUAAUUCUAACAAAGCUAUUAUCGGUGUGAAGUUUAUCAAGAAAGGAAGACAUGUUGACCUUUAUUCAACUUGCUUUGGUUGACCAUUUGGAUUGGAAGGAUAUCAUUGAACUCUUGUCCAGGAUAGAUGGAGAAAGAUGAAUGCCCCUUUGCAUUUGUUGGCUAUGUCCUUACUCCUUUCUCUUUUUCCAACAAAUGGUUGAUGAGUUCUAACGCAAAGGGAGAGAAGCCAAUAAAGCCUUAUGCUGAUCUUGAAAUUUGGAAGGUAUACCUUGAUGUGGUUGAUCAUAUAGUUGUAUAUUCAGUUAAGGCAACUCAAGCUCGAGUUCAACUUAGUGGCUUUGUUUGCAACACAGGUGUCAUUACUCACCAAAUUAAUUUAUUGCAUUCAACUAUUAGAAAAUUAAUUAAGCUAGUGAAUAUUGAUUGUCUUUUGCAUGAUUAGUGUGGUUGGUAUGAUACAUAACAAAUCUUGGCCAUUUUAUUAUCUUUUCUUGUUUGUAUCUUUGGUUCCAUUUACCACAUGAACUUUGAUCCUAUUAUAGUUUUUCUCAAUGCUUAUUCUUAUCACUUUUUUAAAUUAUCAAUUGUUUUCUUGUCUUUAUAAGUUUUGUUUUUCUCUGCUAAUUUUAGUGGGUUAUGAGAUCCAUGAUUCGUUUGAAAUAACCUAAAACAAUUUGAUAUAAUGAGUUUGUUUUCUUUGUGUAGUUGUGUUCAUAUAUAUAUAUAUGGCGAGUUCUACGGUACCCUGGGUGAAAUCUGGGGUACCGCAUACCUUGAGUAUGAAAACACUAUCUAGACCUUGAAUUGACCGAUCUUUCGGACAUGAUACUAUACUCUAACACUUAAAGAUCAAAAUCUAGGUGUUAACUCUCCCAAUCUUAUACUCCAAGAUCAAUUUAAUUAGAAACAAUAAUCGACGGUUAUGAUUCAUCCAAAUAUAGGCACAAAAAGGAAUGCACCAUCUUAGGGUUUAUAGAUUAUGAUUUAGAUAAUUAUGACCUACGGUUCACUCAUUAAGAGUUAAGGGUAUAAUAUCAGACACAAAAAUCCUGGUAAUUCAAGGUCUAGAUAGAGUUUACAUACUCGAGGUAUGCGGUACCCCGGAUUUCACCCGGGGUACCAUAGAAGCCACCAUAUAUAUAUAUAUAUAUUAAUGUAAUUAUAAUGCUAUUGAUUUAGGUAUAUUUGGUCGUCCACAAGCAAUAUUCGAUAGAGAAAUAUUCUGUUGUCAAAUGGUGGAACUUACAUGGUGCAGCAGCUCCUGAGUUAUAUGGUUUGGCUUUAAGGGUGUUAUCACAGAGUGUUAAUACCUCUUGUACCCAAUGUAGUCAAAAUCGGGAUUUUAAGUAAAAUCGAAAACAUCAUCAUCCUCACCCUCACUCUCACUCUAACUCUCAUCCUUGUCUAUUUGCUUAAGGACUAAUAUAAUUACUCUUAAGAUCACUUGAAAUACUUUCACCAUUAACCAUAUUUCCUUGAUCACAACGAUAACUCAUUGAUUGGUGCAUUCCCUUCUUAAUUGAUAAAAGGUUGGGGAUAGUGCUGCUGAAGGAUUGAGAGAUGAACGAAAGAUUGCAAUGGAAUGGAGAUUUGCAUUUUUGUGACGGUGGUGGGAAAAACCUACAAGCUAAUUGGGAGAGUGGAAGAUAUCGUAAAAGGAAGGAGUUGGGCGUCGACGUGCGAAAGAGGAAGAUACGAGGAAGAGAAUGAAAAUAAAUUGAGUGUUGUCUAUUGGGUUAGGGUUGCGUUGUUCAUUAUGUUGGGUCGUGAGAAGUAAACUUGACUUGGUUUAUGGACAGAACCGAACUUGACAAGCCUCAUUUUGCUCCAAUUGAUGUGAACCUUGAAAUCGUACAAAAUCGUAUAAAUCGUAGAUUUUAAGGAUUUUAGAGUUUUAAAUCGGGAUUUUAUGGGAUUUUAAGGUUCAAAGAUUUUACAAUAAAAUCAUGAUCGGAACCCAAAGGUAAGAUUGUAAAAUCAUAAGAUUUUAAGAUUAAAAUCGGGAUUUUGACUACAUUGCUUGUACCGAAAUGGUUUUUAGCACAUAUAGUUUCAUCCAUAGUGUGAAAAUGAAUCAUAUGAAUUCUAAUCGUGUGAAUCAUUGGUAUAUGCUCACUAUAAUCGCCGUUCGUUGACACAUUACAGGGAAGAUUAUGUGAAAUUACAAGGAUUGAGAUUCUUAUAUGGAGGAUGAUAUGAUAGACCUUGACACACAACAACUUGAGGAUAAAGACUUUUCCGUGCGUCUUGAAGAAGACUCUGCCGGCCCAACUUCAAGUGUACUAAUUCCACCUCAAGCUACUUAAGAAAGUGGAAGGGAACAGAAAAGAAGUAGAAAUGUGUGAUGUCAUGUUUAUUUUGUAAAGUUUGUAACAGUUGACCAAAGGAUAUUGUUUGCUGAUAGUGGUAAACACUUUUGUAUAUGUAGCAUUAGCAAGCACAUUAUUAAGAAGUAUCUUUCUAUAUAUAGUAGGCUUAGGGAUGUUUAGGUGAUUAUAGAAAUUAGAAAGUAAGGUUUGUAACAGUUGACCAAAGGGUUAUUGCUUGCACAUAGUUGUCAACUCUUUUAUAUAACAAUUAGCAAGCACAUUAAAAAGUAUCUUUGUAUAUCUAGUUAGCUUAGGGAUAUUUUAGGUCAUUAUAUAACAUAAUAAUUCUCUUAAAAUGAAGCAGCACAUGCCAUAUAUAAUGAAAUCCCUUUUGACAUUCCCCAGUUUAAUCGGAUCCUUUGUAUUACUAAAAAGGCCGCAGUUGAAAAUGCAACAAAGAUAGAGGCAUAUCAUUAUGAGAACCACUCAACACAUCCCACAUAACUACUGAAAGUGCACUAUUAGAGACUAUCUAUAAUAUCUGUAGACACCACAUUUUGUCCGGGCACACACUACACUUAAAAUUCGAAAGGAGAAAAUCGAUAUUGAUAAAUCAAACAAAAACUUCAAAAUAAUCGAUUGAGAUUGCAGUGGCAAGUCAAUUACUUCCAAGUUCACUUAAUGUAAUUCUAAUAUCAAUUUGGUUGAAACUAGCAUCAAUUUGGUUGAAACUAGCAGUGACGAGUCGGUAAACAUUAGUAAUCACCGAGUUGUUUAGGCUACUAAGAUUGGAUUUUUUAAGAUUAGCAGUAGCAAAUCUUAACAUCAAUUCCAUGUUGAUCUAUAAGUUUGCUUUGGAUUUGGGAAUGGUAGAUGAAUUUUGCGAAAUUGAAUUAAGGCAAAGACUUCAUUAUCAGAUUUACAUUGUACAUAGUAGCAAUGACACCAUAGUAAAGGAUUAAAACUAAUCACAAUAAACUAAUUACAAUAACAACGCUAAACAGAUUCGGUCAACAAAUUGAAGUCAUUGCCCUCCUACUUUGAGCCCAAACGAAUUGUUUACCUGCAAAAAUGAAAAAAAGAGGAAAACAGAUUAGUUUCAGCCCAAAUUAAAAUCAUGAACCUAAUUCAGACCCAUGACUUUUGGCCCAUACUUGGUCAACAUGACCUAACCGAGUCAAAAGGCCCAAUCACAGAGUCAACUUCGGUCAACUCAGGUCAAUGUACCUUAUCCCAUCCCAAAGGACUAGCCAUCAUUACUGCCAUUUCUUGAAAGGAGUAAAACGGCCACCCCCUCCCUGGAAACCAACCGAAAACUAACAGCAGAAGUGACAGCUGCCUCUUCAAAAUGUGGCAGGCGGCCACCCCCUUGAAAACCAAUGUAAAACUAACACCAAUCCAUCCAUGAACUAAAAACUGCCACCAAUCCUAAAUGAACAGUGAAAAACAGAUAUAAAUAGAAGCUUUACCACAAAGUUCAGGGAGGAGGAUUGGCGGGGAAAAGAAAGAAAACUACAUUACAGAAGUACACAAACAGUUUGAGCUCAUUUUUUUCUUUACAUCCGUCUUUUACACAAAAGUGACGCAGAAAUUUGUGAAAUUAAGCAAAAGAAGGCCAUUCUUAAGCUAAGAAACUCCAACCAGGUUAGUGCUCUAACUCUUUCAUCCUUUUGAUAAGAUCUGAUCUCAUUUUUGUUUUCGUCAAAUUCAUGCUCAAUCAUUGUACAUUCUUAAUCGUCUAUCUACUUGCCCAUUUAUACUCGAUUUUCAUACUUUGCAAACUACUUAACAUUUAAGCACUCUAUUUAUUUACUUAAUACAAGAUUUGCGCUUAGCAAUUCAACUCUGGCAUUAAGAUUCUUUCAAUUGAGCAUUUACUUACUUUUCUCAUCAAUUGAUAGACUACUUUAUAGCAUGCCACGUUGUAAAUUUCCUAUCUAGCAAAUAGUUGAUGAAUACUUUAUUAUCAUGUGUAAAUGAAUGAAAAUAUUCGAGUAGAGUUCAAAUAGACAAAGGUCUAUAGAAAGAAGAAAAACAACUCUUCCCUAGGAUUGCGAUCACCCCAGAUCUAGAUCCAAAUCCAGCAAAAAUCAACCAAACACAAUUAAACUUCAUAUUUCAAACUCCAUUUUGGCAAAAUCACAAGCAGAGGCAGUGACUUUUAGUUGCCAAAAUUAUCAAUUUAGAGCAUGUUAAUUACUUCCCAGUUAUUGAAAAUUCUCUUUUUCUUCUUUUUCAUUUGUAGAAAAAUCUAGCAUCCAAAACCAUCCACCAAGCAACUAAGCAUAAAAAUUUCGAGAUCACCAAACACCAAAAUUAUCAAAACUCAUACAUAACUAUUUUUAUUGAAAACCCAGAUCUGCAAUCAGAUUCCAAAACCCCAAUGAUAACCUUUUUUGUUCAAGUUGCCAAAUCACACUACGCUUGAGUUUAGAAACCUUACCCAGACCUGUCAAUUUCAAAACCUGCGCAGAGACCAGAAUCGAUUAAACCCAAUACCAGUCAAGAAAAUAAAAAAAAUUAAUAGAAGUAAUCCUCACCUGCCGCCACCACCCACUACCGGCGUUGGCAUCUUCGUCUCCGACGAUAUCCCGCCGUCGGUUUCCCUAACCAAAACACAAUGCAAAACAUCAGAAGCUGUUUUGAACCAAAAAAAAAAACACAAAAGGUAACAUGCAUGUGAAAGAGAGGCUUACCAGAGGGUAAGAUCGUCUCACCGUCGCCGUUGUUCCAACUAGGAAGUGUAAAGGAGGAGAAAUUGAGUGGCUCCUCUGUUUUGGGCCGACUCCUCAGGAAAUCAAUAAUAAAAUAACAUAUUAGACUUCCGAAACCCUAUAAUCAUAUUUGAAAAUAGGAGGAAAAAAAGAAACAAACCUUAUAGCUCGAUUCUUUUCGUCGCCGGCGGUACAUGUCGCCUUUGUCGCCGGCGAUUUACGCCCCCGGUGACCUUUGACUCAAUUUCACCAGCCCAGAACCAAAAAAAAUCAAAAUGGAAGGUUAGAACUCUAGAAUACCCAUUAAAUCGAAAACGAUAAAAAAAAUAGACAUGCAAGGGUAGAAAUUGCUUACCGACGACGCGAGGGCUUUCCAGAUCAUCUUUUUUUUUUUUUUCUUUUCUCUUCAAAAGGUUCUUUCUCGAGUUCCAUUAGAGAGAGACGAGGGUGAGAAGUUGAACCUUUGCUCGUUUUGAGUUUCUCAUCGGGUUUACAGAUGAGAAGGGAAGAAGAAGGUGGCUGUGGUCGUUGACGAAGGGAGAAGGGUUUCGGUGCUUUGGAAGAGGGAGUUGAGGUGUAGAGAGGCGGCUAGGUUUGAUUUGUUUCUGGAAGAGGAAGAGAGAAGUGGAAGAAUCGAGAGAACAGGAGAGAGAGGAAGAGGGCGGCCGCCGCUGGCCUUAGAAUACGAUUAGGGUUUUUUUUUGUCUCAGGAGAUGAUUUUAUACUCAUCUGUAAAUGUCGAUUAUGCCCCUAGGGUUUAUUGUUAAUUACGCGGCCGUGCCACCGUCUUUUUGAGAACUUACCAAAUUGCCCUUCCCCCUUCUCUGCUCUAAAACGAGAUAAACAAAAAAAUUUGUAGUUAGCGCGUUUCGAACCCUUGUUCCCUCGGUCAAACGCGAAUUUGGUCUGGCGUUUUAGCCAGUUGGGCUGCUGGCCCUCAUGCAUCAAUAUUAUAAUCCCGUAUACUUUUAUUCAUUUAAAAUCCUUAAUACGAAAUGUAGAAUUGCGGAUUAAGUAUAUCUCGUUUCUUUUCUAAUACAUCAAAACUCCUCUUAAUAAUUGAAAUUAUUACAUUAUCUUUUUAUAAUUUCAUAAUACCAACCUAAAUUUUACUAACAAUAAAUUUUGAUACGAGAACCACGAUCAGUGGAAUGUGGUAAUAACUUUACUUAAAAUAUUCAAGGUCCUAAUGAACUACGUGGACUUUGAUCCCGUCUAACGGGUACGUAGGCAACCGGUAAGGUUCGAGUCCAACUAACCAAUUAAUUAUAUCUUUUACGUCAGUGGACGUAUAAUUUAAUUACAACUAACACGAUUUAGUUUCUUCAAUGGUCCAGUGGGACCCUCAAAUUACAAAAUCAUUACUAAAAUACACCCAACUCGCAUAAAAACUUAUCGACUUAAGUAGUACCGAUUUAGGGCAUUGUGGGGGUGUUGCUUAACUUCCCCAUACGUAACCGUACUCCCGAACCCAGAACUUCAUUUUCGCAGACCAUAUCUCGGUUCUGACCCUAAGGUUAGAGCCGAUCCCAAGAGUGUUCGAUCCACUCCAACUAAGAUCGAUGGCGACUCCCAAAAAUGCCGACGCGACGACAUACGGACCCCCCGGACGGGAUGGUUGCGACAGUUGGCGACUCCGCUGGGGACUUCGAGAGUCGAGCUACAUAACUAAGUUCGAUAAGUUUUCUAAUUUUCUAUUACGUGUUGGGUGUUUACUUUCUUAUUUGCGCAAUUAUGUUUUCGCAAUUUAAUUCUGCAUUCAUGCAUAAAAGCUCUAUACCCGAGCUAUCCUAUUAGAAACGGAAAAGGAGUACCGUGACUUUCACAGUGGUGGUAGUCACGCAAAACUUUCCAACCAAGUUGAACUCAGAUCCGAGGAUGAUCUUGAGGUAUCCAACCAGUUCGUAAGGGCUAUGGUAGGAUACAACUUGGGAGCCAAAUCCUUAGGAAUUCCUCUGCCAGCAUAUAGUAAGCAUCGAGGCCUCCCUAAACCGUCCAAAAUAAUCCCGAAACAACCCUAGAACCGCGUCAUUAUGCCCUCUGAAAGCCCUAAGUUUUUCCCAAAUAGGGUUAUGUUCUUAUUAUCUAUAUGUAUGUUUUCUACUGACGUGAUAAUUUGUGGUAUGUUUUACCAAUCGCGAUAUAUUUAUUUGUGAGAACAAUGUGAAUUUUUCUUUUCUUCUUUUUAAAAAAAAAGAAACUCAUAAGCAUCAUUUUGGGUUUACGCUUAUGCAUUCAAAAUAAAUCAUGUGGACAUUUUCAAAAUGCACGUGCAUCCAAUGAAUCAUCUGUGCAUCUGUGCAUCGCAUAAGCAUCAUACAUACUCUCCAUCGUUCAUUCAAGUCAAUUUAAUAAAAGUAAUUGGUCAGGGUUCCUUAAAAUUGCUCGUCCACAAGGAAAAAAUCAAGACUUCAAGUACUUAACUAGAUCCAAGCUCGAGGUCGUCAUGGAUGCAUUUCAAAAAGAGUUGAACGACAUCAAAGGAAAGCUGACCGGGUUUGACGAGAAGCUAGUGGGGUUCGAUGAGAAACUAACGGGCUUCGAUGAGAUGAAAAGCCAGCUCAACACAAUAGUGAGCAUAUUGUCCAGAAAAGGGAAGGAGGUUGCAACGAACGAGGAAGAAAUCGUAUUUGAUGACGACGAUCACUAUGAGCAACCUCAGGGAAACGUCUCAGGUAGUAAAUUCAUUCUCAUACCUUCGAAGAACACAGGCGAAAAAGGUGAUAUUGGGUCAUCAAAGCAUGACAAAUCCGGAGAACCCGAGAAGCAAGAGCAACAUAAAAUUGAAGCUAUGCUAGAAGAAAAAUUAGAACACAUGAAUGAACGAAUAAGAAGCAUAGAAGGAGUUGAGUCGUACGAGCCUAUGGAUGCAUCAAAACUAUGUCUGGUCCCAGAUGUCGUGAUUCCUCACAAAUUUCAAAUGCCAGAAUUUGAAAGAUACAAUGGCACCACUUGCCCAAAAAGUCAUCUGGUCAUGUACUGUAACAAAAUGGCCAACCAUAUUCGAGAUGAAAGACUAAUGGUACAUUGCUUCCAAAACAGCCUGAGUAGUUCUGCCCUACGAUGGUAUAUGCAACUAGAGAAAACAAAAGUGAGAAGAUGGCAAGACCUCGCAGAUGCAUUCAUGAGGCACUACAAGCAUAACCAGGAUCUGGCUCCAGACCGAGAAGAUCUGAGGAAUAUGGAAAAGAAUGAGAAAGAGUCUUUCAGAGAAUAUGCUCAAAGGUGGAGAGAGAAAGCUGCAGAUGUUCAACCUCCUCUAUCAGAAAAAGAGAUGGUGUCAAUCUUCUUCGGAACACUAAGGGCUCCAUACUACAACAACAUGGUCGGAAUUACCACAACCAACUUUGCGGAUCUGCUUGUAAUCGGAGAGCGAAUAGAAAAGGGUUUGAAGCAAGGUCGGAUGGAAACCCCAGAAGCCUCUAAGAAACCACACCAAGCCCGAAGAGGAGAAGCAGAUGUCCAUUAUGCUCAAACAGAAUUACCCAGAGGAAGAAGGUGGGAUCAUCAACCUCAAGCCAAUCAAGCCCAUCCAUGUGUUGCAAAUGCUGCAAUAAUUAAUCAACGUCCAAAUUUUCCUACUCAACGAGCCAUCCAGAGCCCGACACGAGUCGCACCACCACCAAAUAACCAAAACCAGAAUAAUUAUGAGAGGUUCAGGAAACCCAUCCAAAUCGAUCCUAUCCCUAUCACAUACACUGAACUUUUCCCUCAGCUAAUUCAAAGUGACCUAAUCUCCCCAAUACCAUGUGAACCUAUGAAACCUCCUUAUCCAAAUUGGUACAAAACAGACCAACAUUGUGCUUACCACUCGGGAGUAGCGGGACACUCGACUGAGGACUGCAGAUCGCUCAAGAUCAAGGUCCAACAAAUGAUGAAUACUGGCUGGUUAAAAUUCGAAGAUGAGCCAAAGCGUCCAGAUGUCAACAAUAACCCACUGCCAACUCAUGGGAAUUAGUAGACAUACUACAAGGCAAAGCUCGAUUUAAGGAUGAUGUUGAUCCUACCUAGUAAAUAAAAUAUCGAGAUAAUUUGCCUUAGCAAAAUAUGUAUCACUUCUGCUUUUAUCAUAAUAAAUAAAAGGUCUCUCACGUUUCGACCUCUUUGGAGCAUUGUGUGACCACUAUCAAUCUAAAUUUAAGAGUUUGCAUCAAUGUUUUUAUCAAAAUAACGAAUGCCACUUCGGAUUCUUUUUUUAAAACAGAUUUAUUUUCUCAAACAUGAAAGCCAUCAAAAUCCAGUUUUAUUUUCAAGCUAAGCCAUGAGAUUUUCAUGCAAAGAAAAUGUGAGCACCCCACUGGUGCUGAGAUUUGGGACACCCCACUGGUGUCGAGCGAUUAUAAACACCAUGCUACCAUCGAUAAAUUUAGCACCCACUG